AUGAUGCUAACAUUCAGAAGAAAAUGUGGAUACAGACCUGUCACUAUAGAUGAGGUAUAUGAAGGUAUAUACCGUACAAUGUAUUUUUUUGUCCUAUGAUUUCGGGAUCCUAGGACUACUUUAUCAUUUUCGUGUCACAUCCUGUCGUACCGAUUUAGGCAAGUAUUGCACUACAGCACUAUUGGUGAUAGAAACGUUGACUAACUUGUAUUGCAGUGAUUUUUUGCAAUGUCGGUAUUUCAGAGUAUGGGACACGAAAUCCCAUAAAAUGCUUGGUCUAUUCGUAUAUCUCGUUUUUGCUACAGAUGACUCUCAAAAUGUGAGCUAAAAAAAUCUAUCGAAUAAUGUAUCUAUUCUGUACUUGUUCUAUGCUUAUAUAUUUUUGUGAUUCUUUACCAAUUGUCGACCGGCAUUAUUUCAAGUAUUUCUACGUGUGUCUAAAUAUAUUGUUUCUUAAAUAGGUUUUACCGAGCAUUCUCAUUGAACAAAAACAUUCUGUCAUUUUUAUUUCAUGCACAUUUCAUUUGUUUGUUAAUAAAAGUUUAUAUAUGACAGAUCCUAACCUAUCACGAAACUUCCUGCACGCUUGUCAGAAUGGAGACUUAUCAAGAGUGGAAGUCCUCGUAUCGAAAUACGACAUUCAAGAUUGGACUUACUUCCGACACUUGACUUCCGGUGACACCGCAUUGCAUGUUGCUACCCGCGAGGGUUAUUUGAAUAUUGUUCGAUACUUGUGCGAGAAUUUUCAGAAGCCAGACUUUAGAGUGAAUGUGGCUAAUAAAGAUAUGAAAAGACCGUUACACGAGGCAGCGCAGUUUGCUCAUAGAGACAUAGUCAGAUAUUUAAUUGAAAAAGGUGCAGAUGUAGAUGUAUUAAAGCGUGCUGAUUGGACACCACUCAUGUUGGCUUGCACGAAAACCGGAAAUGAUGCAUACGAAUGCAUUCUUGCGCUUUUGGAAGCAAAAGCAAAUCCGCUUUUACGAAAUAAAGAUGGAUGGACAUCGUUGCAUUUAAUUUGUCGAUCUGGCGAUGAAAAUGCGUUCGAUUUGUUGGUGAGUCAGUUUGCUGAAAGUAUUAACGAUCGGAGCAAUAAUGGCCGUACUGUUAUGCACAUUGCUGUCAUAAUUGUGAAUCAUAAUUCUGAAUUUUAUGAACACUCAGCAUUCCAUGGCCAUGAGAGUUUAGUCAAUCGUCUUGUCUCGCUUAAUACGAAUUUUUUGAACGUGCGUGAUUCCUCAGGAUCUACUCCUCUUCACGAAGCAGUUAAAGGGGGUCACAUAUCCGUUGUAAAACGAUUGAUCGAUUUGGGAGCUGAUGCUAAAGCUACUGACAAUGUUGGUCAAACUAGUUUACAUAUAGCAGCCAUAGUUGGAAACGUAGAAACGUUUAGAAACAUUUUGACAAACUAG